GGGGCUGAUCUGAGCAAGCCACCAUGUCGAAAAGCAAAGGACAUACGGAAAGAAAGAAAACUGCAGAAACUCCUUCAGAACCAGAUGUGCACAUUUGAAAGCUCUCAACUUCAAGAACAAGAUCAAGUUUUCCUCUCGCAAAACUCUAAAUCUAAAACAAACCAACCCAAAACCAUUGAAGACUUCAUUUUUGUCUCUUUACCUGAUGAUGCACGACACAAAUUAGAGGUGAAGGUGGUGAGAUCAUCUCCACCAAGUUCACAGUUCAAAGCCACAUUUCAGGAGUCUUACCAGGUCUAUAAACGUUACCAGAUGGUUGUUCACAAGGACCCACCUGAUAAACCAACUAUAAAUCAGUUCACGCGAUUCCUCUGUGAUUCUCCUCUGGAGGCAGAGAAUGCACCAAAUGGACCUGAAUGUGGCUAUGGUUCUUUCCACCAGCAGUAUUGGCUGGAUGGGAAGAUAAUUGCUGUCGGUGUAAUUGAUAUCCUGCCCUACUGCGUGUCCUCCGUCUAUCUGUACUACGAUCCAGACUAUUCUUUCUUAUCUUUGGGAGUCUACUCUGCAUUACGGGAAAUUGCUUUUACUAGGCAACUUCAUGAAAAAGCUCCUGAUCUCUGUUUUUAUUACAUGGGUUUCUACAUUCAUUCAUGCCCCAAAAUGAGAUACAAGGUUUGCAUGUUUGUGGAACUGUUGCUUAGUGACAGUGAUAACGUGCCUUCGUGGUCUUGGCUGUACUUGGGUUUUUCCUCUUUGUUCCUUGUUAGAGAUAGGGGACUUGCUCUGCCGAUGAAACCA